AUGGCUUCGUGGUUGUGGUCGAUCAUCUUCGCCGCUUUAUUAUUCGUAAAUGUGAACGGGCAAUCAUUUGCUGAUGCUGAACCGGCUUUGUUAGAACGCCUCGAAUUCGUGGGACGAGAGCCGAGAAUCGCCGAAAGAAAGCGAACACGUCAGAAUUUGGAUCGAGUGCUGAAGAAACCCGUGUUCAAUUUCGCCUAUCUCUUCAGACAAAAACGU